UUUUCUGCUUUGGAUUCAUUUGCUUAUAACCUUGGUUGUCCUUACUAUAAGAAUACUUCACUGCUCAAAAAGCUUAAUUCUGGUAAUAUUAAAGGUGCUGCUAAUGAAUUUAGGCUAUAUAACAAAAGUAAUGGUAAAGUUAUGAAUGGGUUAGUAAAGCGUCGUGAGGCUGAAAGAGCUUUAUUUUGUAAAAGUGAAUCAUCUCAUAAUAACACAACUAGCUUUCAAGAAUCUUCAAUAGCCGAUUUACUAGAAUUAUUUUUAACCCUAGCACGGGCAAAAGAGACCCUUAAGGAAAUGAAUACUCUGCUUUUGUUAGAAAUAGUUGUUUUUACCACAAACAGUAAUAUUUUUCUUACACCAGAUUGUUUGUCUAUAAGCACUGAUGAUGACGAUUUAAUUUUGGAUAUUCGAAUUUAA